UUGUUUAUGCUUGUUUCGGUUUCGUUUUGUGUUUCGUUUUCGGCGUCUAGAUUCCAAUCUCUAUUUUGUGUUCAAUUUGAUUUCUUAUUAAUUUGUAAUUUAUCCAUAGGAGUAGUAUUACAAAAUCAUAAUAAUGGCUCUCCGAACAUACGGCGAUAAGCCGAUUAGUUUUCAAAUCGAAGAAGGUGGAGAUUUUUAUUGUGUCGGAUCAGAGGUUGGUAACUAUCUGCGGCUGUUCCGUGGAUCUCUUUAUAAAAAGUACCCUGGCAUGGCCAGGAGGACUCUCACUAAUGAAGAGAGAAAGCGAUUGAUUGACAAUGGUCUAGGACCUCACGUACUCUCCAGCUCUGUUUCAUUACUAAAAGCUUCUGAAGUUGAAGAUAUUAUUGAAGGAAAUGAUGAUAAGUACAAAGCUAUAUCAGUAAGUCAGGAGUUAGCCACCCCUAGAGAAAGCAAGAGUAAGAAGCCACACAAUCCAUCAUGGCUCCCAGUUAUGCCAAACUCCUCACAUUUAGAUGCGGUACCUCAAGCAACACAGAUCAGCAGAACUAGAGUUCAUAAUAAAAAGGUUCGCACAUUCCCGUUGUGCUUUGAUGACACAGAUAUGACGGCCAUGUUGGAGAAUGCAUCACAGAAGCAGAUCCUAGUACCAAUACGUCUUGAUAUGGAGAUUGAAGGCCAGAAGCUAAGAGAUACAUUUACAUGGAAUAAAAACGAAUCAAUAAUAACACCGGAACAAUUUGCGGAGGUUCUUUGUGAUGAUUUGGAACUGAACACUGUUACAUUCAUACCGGCCAUAGCAUCAUCCAUCCGUCAACAGAUUGAUGCAUUCCCCAAUGAACCUCCUGCUAUACUGGAGGAGCAAAGUGACCAAAGAGUCAUUAUUAAACUUAAUAUCCAUGUUGGGAAUACUUCGUUAGUUGAUCAGGUUGAAUGGGAUAUGUCUGAGAAAGAGAAUAACCCUGAACAAUUUGCGAUGAAACUUUGUGCAGAGUUGGGUUUAGGAGGGGAGUUUGUGACAGGCAUAGCUUACAGUGUGCGGGGACAGUUGGGAUGGCAUCAGAGGACUUAUGCGUUCAGUGAAGCACCAUUGCCGGUUGUUGAGACACCAUAUCGGCAACCAUCUGAAGCAGAUCAAUGGGCUCCGUACUUAGAGACUCUGACAAAUGCAGAAAUGGAAAAGAAGAUACGAGAUCAAGAUAGAAAUACACGCAGAAUGCGACGUCUGGCUAACACAACACCGGAUGUGUCGUUGAGCCGGGCCGUCAACCGGCUGAUCCGUGCCGACGAGGCCCUCUUCCAGAACACGCCAGAAAAGAGGAGGAAAAAAAUUUAAUCGCCCAACGCUUGCCGACAACAUAUAUUCCUGCUUCAUUAUAUCAUAAGGGUUUUUAUGUUAGAUAUCACUAGUUCUAGUAGUAGAAAUAUAAAAAAAAACUAGUGCACAAAAAAAUAUAGAAGUUUUCAAACUUAUUGGUGGCUCGGAAUAUCGUAUGAGUCGCUGCGUAGAAUACAAUGUUAAGUGUAAUUGGGAUGCAGGGAGAGAGCACUGCGCAUUUUGCGGUGACCUUGAGCCGCCAAGAUAUUUGAAACGUCCAAUACUUAUGACGUCUCAGUGUAUAAAACGAGAUAUUUUUAACCGACUUCAAAAUGAAGAAGGUUUUCUAUACGCCUAUAUGUUUUUUUUGCUCUACCUGAAUAAUGUGCACGUAUUAUAUAUACUACCUGAAAGUUAUUACCAUAGACUUCGUACACAAGGCAACGUAAAUCGUCGAAACUAAUAUUGUUGCGUGACCUGACUCAUCUCUCCCGCCACAUAGCGACUACAUGUCAACUGUAUAGAUUUGCUCCGCCAUCUUGAAAAUUGCAGCGACUAUUCUCAUGACGAUUUUGACAAACCGGUUGCGAUGCGAUUUAAAAACGGCUAAACACUAACGCUUUUUAUAUCAGUUUAUUAUGUCUCAUUAAAGUUUAAAUAAUUUGCGAAUGCGAAUAAUGAAAGAUUGCGAUCCUUUGGCGAUGACAGAUAGAAAUGUGUACGAAUCUUUAUGACAUUAUUGCGUAACUAGCGACUAACAUUGGAUUUCGAAGAUUUACGUUGCUUUAAACCUUAAUUCUAUGGUGUCCAGUGUGACGAACAACUAAUUAAAAAAAUACUAAA